AUGCGAAAGAAGGCAAUUUUCAUCAAAAUCGAGGAGGAAGCGGAUGAUGCUAGCGAGUUGGUAACCAGAAUCAAGGACACGGGGGAAGAGGAGCGUACAUAUGCAAGAGAGAGCUGUGGUGGGGGAGGGGAGUGGGAGAGAGGAGAGAUUCCCUCCACUUUCCUUGAUUCGGCCUAUUCUCCCUUGAAACCGCCCCCCGGUAUGGCCGCUCCUUUGCCCUCUCCCACGCCUUCAUCCUUGCCUUCUUCCCUGCCCUCCUCCAUGCCCUCUCUUUUCUCCUCGUCCUUUCUCUCUCCCUUCUCCUCCGCCCCUUCGGUCUCUCCAUUCAUUUCGGUUCAACGGAACUCCACUCCUGUUGGGAGAGGAGGGAGGUACGACUUCCUAACGCCCUUCACUUCGGCUCACAUAAGCUCUUCCCCUGUUGGGAGAGGAGGGAGGUACGACUAUCGGCGGUCAAUAUCUGCUCAGACUGAACGGGAGUCUGAAAAAUCGCCUGGAAGGGCUGGGAAGCUGGCAAGUUGUGGCAAGUCGGGGGAGGUUGGCAAAAUAUGCGCCGCUUCCGUUGAGAGAGGGGGGAGGUACGACUAUCGGCAGUCAAUAUCUGCGCAGACCGAGUGGGAGUCCCAAAAACCGCCUGAGAAGGCUGGGAAGCUUGAAAGGCGUGGCAAGUCGGGGGAUGCUGGUGUGGGUCUGCUGCCUCAUACCCCACUUGAGAAGCGAGGUGCAUAUGCCCUGCCUGAUUCACUGGAAGAGCGGGUUGGGCUGUCCAAGACACCGAGAGCAGGGUCAGAUCUUCCUGGGUUUUCAACGGGACGCGUUGGGCUGCCGGGAAAGCCGAGAACGCCGAGUUUGCCUAACACGCCCAACAAGGUGAAAGCGCCGGAAUUGCCGAGAACGGCGAAAACGCCCAACACGGUCCAAUCCCCAGAAGCGUGCAGUGAGGUGCCGCUGAUGAGCGCAUGGAAGCUGCUCGGUGCUGAUGCCACCCCAUGGCUCAACGCUGUGCCGCAUGGCGACUGCAUGGGCCACCAUGCUUUGGCUCAAGGCUCUCCUACGGAUUGUGGCGAGCGAUGUGGGAGGAGGAGAGGAGCUCCGAGGAAGCUGUGGGUAGUGGGUGAUGAGAGCUCAUUGGAUGGGAGCUAUGUCAAUGCCACCCCUACGGAUCGUCGUUCGUUGGGUGGAGGUUCUCAUACGGAUUGUGGCGAGCGAUGUGGGAGGAGGAGAGGAGCUCCGAGGCAUCUGUGGGAGGUGGCUGAUGCGGGCUCAUUAACUGUGAGCAGUGAUAUGGGUGAUGGGAGUGAUGGGAGUGAUGGGAGUGAAUGGGAAGCGUGUGGUGGCGAGGGGAGCGGGAGGAGGAGAGGUUCGAGGAGGCAGCCGCGGGUGGUGGGUGAUGAGAGGCCAGUGGAUGGGAGGAGGGAUAGGGGUGAUGGAAGGAGGGGAAGGGAAGGGUGUGGUGAGGCGAGUGGGAGGAGGAGAGGAGCGAGGAGGCAGCUGUGGGCGGUGGAUGAUGAGAGGCCAGUGGAUGGGAGCAGUGGUAGGGAUGGUCAUAGGGGUGAUGGGUUUGACAAGAUUGGGAGUGAUUGGGAAGGGUGUGGUGGCGGUGGUGGCAAGGGGAGUGGGGGGAAGGGAGGAGCGAGAAGGCAGCUGUGGGUGGUGGAUGAUGAGAGGCCAGUGGAUGGGAGCAGGGAUAGCGGUGGUAGGGAUGGAAGGGAAAGGAGUGGCGGCAAGGGGAGUGGGAGGAGGGGAGGAGCAAGGAGACAGCUGUGGGUGAUGGCUGAUAAGGGCUCAAAUGUGGGUGGUGAUAGGAGUGAUAUGGGUGAUAGGGAAGGAGGUGGUGGUGGUAGUGGCGAUGGCAAGGCUGCUGCUGCCGCUGCUGUUGCUGCUGAUGCUGGUGGUGGUGGUGGUGGCGGUGGUGGCGGUGGUGGCGGUGGUGGCGGUGGUGGCGGUGGUGGCGGUGGUGGCGGUGGUGGCGGUGGUGGCGGUGGUGGCGGUGGUGGCGGUGGUGGCGGUGGUGGCGGUGGUGGCGGUGGUGGCGGUGGUGGCGGUGGUGGCGGUGGUGGCGGUGGUGGCGGUGGUGGCGGUGGUGGCGGUGGUGGCGGUGGUGGUGGUGGUGGCGGUGGUGGCGGUGGUGGCGGUGGUGGCGGUGGUGGCGGUGGUGGCGGUGGUGGCGGUGGUGGCGGUGGUGGCGGUGGUGGCGGUGGUGGCGGUGGUGGCGGUGGUGGCGGUGGUGGCGGUGGUGGCGGUGGUGGCGGUGGUGGCGGUGGUGGCGGUGGUGGCGGUGGUGGCGGUGGUGGCGGUGGUGGCGGUGGUGGCGGUGGUGGCGGUGGUGGCGGUGGUGUGACUGCUGCUUUCAGUUCACUUGCAGAAAGAGAUACAGCACAGCGGCUCAGCAAGGCGGAUGAAGCUGCCAGAAGCAACGGUGACGGCAGCAACGCUGUUGGGGCGCCUCUGAAGGCGGUUGGGAGGGGGCAGAGUCAGGUCGCACCUUUCCCAGGACCUGACCCCCCUGCCGUGCAUGCACCCAUUUCUGAGACGCACAAGAACGUGGCUGCAAAGGAGCAGCAGAAGAGUGAGGAAGAGAGGAGGGAUGUGGGUGAGAGGGCUGCGAAUCUCAGGGAGGAAGAGAGGGAGAACGGGGAUGGGGGGAAGCAUAAGGGCAAGGAGAACGAGGAGGAGGAGAACGAGGAGGAGGAGGAGGAGGAGGAGGAGGAGGAGGAGGAGGAGGAGGAGGAGGAGGAGGAGGAGGAGGAGGAGGAGGAGGAGGAGGAGGAGGAGGAGGAGGAGGUUGGUGAUGGGUGUGCUUAUAGCGAAGCCCUUGCUGACUGUGUGUACAGUGAUGAUCCUUCAUCGAAUGGGGAUGAUGCGUCGGUGAAUGCUCUCGAGGAAGAUACUCACAGCAGGGAUUACUGGAGCACUACAGACGACUGUAGCUGCAGAUACGGCUGUGGUAGUAGAGGCGGCUGUAGCAGCAGUUGUAGCAGCAGAGGCAGUGCCUUCGAAUGGGCUUUGCAGCGCCACAACAGCAUGAGCAGUGCAAACAUGGUGUGCAGUGGGGGGGAUGCGGGUAGCCUGAGGAGCAUGAGCAGUGCAAACAUGGUGUGCAAGCAGGGCCUGAGCCUAAGCACAUGUGGUUGCCCCUUGGACCGCCCCUCUCGUCGUCAAAAUCCGCGUGAACGGAUUUUGCAGCGAGGCAACAGCUUGAGUAGUGCAAGCCUAGUAGGCAGUGUGGAGUGUGCGGGCAGUGUGGUGGGGAGUGUGCGGAGUGUGGGCAGUGCGAGUCUGGUAUGUGAGCGCAUCUUGAGCGUGUGUGACAUCUCACCAGUUCCGAUCAUCCUCUCCUCCCACCUCACCAGCGUGCACCUCAGCAGUAUGGGGCUGUCUGGUCGAUCUGCGUCUGCAGAGAGCCUUGAUGCGUGCAGUGCAGACAGGAGUCUCCUGCCCCACUGGACCAAGCGGUCGCUCCCUCGCUCGCUGCGCAUCUCCCGCUCGCUGCUCUCCUUUCAAGAGAGCGCCCUGCUGGAGCAUUGCCAGGAGACCACUCUUUUGCAUGGCAUGGGCGGUGGAUGGAAGGAUGGGGGAAAGCACAGGGAACUUGAUAGGGAAAGUGAUAGGGAAAGUGAUGGGGAGAACGAGCUUUGGAGUGAGAUGAAUGAGGAGAGCAACGAGGGGAGCAGUGAGGAGAGGAAUGAGAACAGGAAAGGGGGUAGGAGUGUGCGAGUGAAGAGUGAGAGCUUCUUGCUGUCAGCAGCAGCGGCGGCGGUGGCAGCGCCAGUGUCCCCCGGAGAGUCCAUCCGGGCGGCUGUGGCCGUCUAUUCCGCCUCGAGGGAGUUAUGGCGGCCUCCUUGUAUACCCAAGCCUGUGAAAAAAACCAAGCUGUGCCUUCCCAGGUACUCCCCGCCUGUGCCUCUUAUUGGGCUGGAGAAGCUAAUGGAGGGCGCAGCAGGGGGAGGUGGGACUGGUGGUUUUUCUGGGUCUGGUGGGGUUAGUGGUUGGAGUUUGGGGACAGGGUGGUGGGGUGUGGGAGGAGAGACAGGAGAGGAGGGGAGGGAGAGGAAGGAGGAGGCAGGAGAGGCAGGGUGGCUGGGGUUUGAAGGGCUGGCAGAUGUGGCAAGGGGGAUUAUGUGGGGGGGAGGAGGCGAUGGAGGUGAAGAGGGGGGGAAGGAGGGGGGGAAGGAGCAGGGUUUGGAUGAGGGUGUAGUAGAGAACAUUCUGGAAGAUUCAGUGAGAGGAGAAGAGGAGACAGGCAUGGGAGGAGGCGGCGGUGCUGCUGGCGGUUACCCUAACGUCUGGGCGUUAACCGGCGGGUGGUACUGCGACCCGAAAUACUGGCGUCGCAACACCGCGUUCGCCUUGGCCGGCAUCUUUGUCGUUUGCGUUCCGAUCGCCCUGACGUCAGCACGGCUCGAGCAACGGCCGAUCGCCCCGAGCCGCGCCAUUCCCUCCCAGAUGUGGUGCUCCAACUUCCCAUCCGAAGCAAAACAAGCAUCUGAGGAGUGA